AGCCUCCCCAGGGUCUCCGCGGCCGUCGCGCCCUCGGCCCCGCGUGCGCUCUCCGAUGCCUGAGCGGCUGGUGGCCCCGGUGGCCCGCCCGCGGGGGGUGCCGGAGGGGGCGGGAGAGUAGGAGGAGGCAGUGUGAUGGCCCUGGACGGCGAGCGGGGGGAGCAAGAGGAGGAGAAGAAAAAGAAGAAGAAGAAAAAGAAGAGGAAGAAGAAGGAGGAGGAAGAGGAGGAGGAGGAGGAGGAGGGGGCUGAGAAGCGCAGCUCACCUUUCGCGGCCAAGAUGGGCGAGAACGACUCGGCGCACCGGGCGGGCGGCAGGGGGCUCUCGGACCCGUGGGCAGACUCCGUCGGGGUGCGACCCCGGACCACCGAGCGCCAUAUCACGGUGCAUAAGCGACUCGUGCUGGCCUUCGCCGUGUCCAUCGUGGCGCUGCUCGCGGUCACCAUGCUCGCCGUCCUGCUCAGCUUGCGCUUCGACGAGUGUGGCACGAGUACUGCGCCGGGCGCCGACGGCGGCCCCGCGGGCUUCCCCGCGCGCGGCGGCAACGGCAGCUUCCCGGGCUCGGCCCCGCGCAACCACCCGGCCGGCGUGGACCCUCCGGCGCCCGGGGCGGGCGGGGAGGCCACCCCGGGGACCCCGUCCGCCCCGCCGCCGUCGGAAGAGGAGAGGGAGCAGCCCUGGAAGCACCUGCGCCUGUCCGGCCACCUCAAACCACUGCACUACAAUCUGAUGCUCACCGCCUUCAUGGAGAACUUCACCUUCUCCGGGGAGGUCAACGUGGAGAUCGCGUGCAGGAAUGCCACCCGCUAUGUCGUGCUGCACGCUUCCCGGGUGGCGGUGGAGAAGGUGCAGGUGGCCGAGGACCGGGUGGCCGGGGCUGUCCCAGUGGCCGGCUUUUUCCUCUACCCACAAACCCAGGUUUUGGUGGUGGUGCUGAAUAGGACCCUGGACGCGCACAGGAAUUACAACCUGAAGAUCAUCUACAACGCCCUGAUCGAGAACGAACUCUUGGGCUUCUUCCGCAGCUCCUACGUGCUCCACGGGGAGAGAAGAUUCCUUGGUGUUACUCAAUUUUCACCUAUACAUGCCAGGAAGGCAUUUCCUUGUUUUGAUGAACCCAUCUACAAGGCUACUUUCAAAAUCAGCAUUAAGCAUCAAGCAACCUAUUUGUCUUUAUCCAAUAUGCCAGUGGAAACUUCUGUGUUUGAGGAAGAUGGAUGGGUUACAGAUCACUUUUCACAGACCCCUCUCAUGUCUACGUAUUAUUUAGCCUGGGCAAUUUGCAACUUCACAUUCAGAGAAACCAUCACCAAGAGUGGGGUUAUAGUGCGAUUAUAUGCAAGACCCGAUGCUGUCAGAAGAGGAUCUGGGGACUAUGCUCUCCAUAUAACAAAGAGAUUGAUAGAAUUUUAUGAAGACUACUUUCAAGUGCCCUAUUCCUUGCCAAAACUAGAUCUUUUAGCUGUGCCUAAGCAUCCGUACGCUGCUAUGGAGAACUGGGGACUAAGUAUUUUUGUUGAACAAAGAAUACUGCUGGAUCCCAGUGUUUCAUCUAUUUCUUAUUUGCUGGAUGUCACCAUGGUCAUUGUUCAUGAGAUUUGUCACCAGUGGUUUGGUGACCUUGUGACUCCUGUGUGGUGGGAAGAUGUGUGGCUGAAGGAAGGUUUUGCUCACUACUUUGAGUUUGUUGGUACAGACUACCUCUAUCCUGGCUGGAACAUGGAAAAACAGAGAUUUCUGACGGAUGUUCUGCAUGAAGUGAUGCUACUUGAUGGCUUGGCCAGUUCCCAUCCAGUAUCGCAGGAAGUGCUACGGGCAACAGAUAUUGACAGGGUGUUUGACUGGAUCGCAUAUAAAAAGGGUGCUGCUUUAAUUAGAAUGCUGGCUAAUUUUAUGGGCCAUUCAGUUUUUCAGAGAGGUUUGCAAGAUUAUUUAACUAUUCAUAAGUAUGGCAAUGCAGCUAGAAAUGAUCUCUGGAAUACGCUAUCAGAGGCUUUAAAAAGGAAUGGAAAAUAUGUAAAUAUACAAGAAGUAAUGGAUCAGUGGACACUACAGAUGGGUUAUCCAGUUAUCACCAUUUUGGCAAAUACAACAGCAGAAAGUAGAAUAAUAAUUACACAACAGCAUUUUAUUUAUGACAUUAGUGCUAAAACUAAAGCACUUACACUUCAAAAUAACAGUUACCUGUGGCAGAUUCCAUUAACGGUUGUGGUAGGAAAUAGAAGCCAUGUGUCUUCAGAAGCUAUUAUUUGGGUGUCUAACAAAUCAGAGCACCAUAGGAUAACUUCUUUCAAUAAAGGAAGCUGGUUGCUGGGGAAUAUCAAUCAAACUGGUUACUUUAGAGUCAACUAUGAUUUAAGGAAUUGGAGAUUAUUAAUUGAGCAAUUAAUCAGGAAUCAUGAGGUUCUCUCUGUCAGUAAUCGAGCAGGUUUAAUUGAUGAUGCCUUCAGUCUGGCCAGAGCUGGCUAUUUGCCUCAGAAUAUUCCUCUGGAGAUUCUCAAAUACCUGUCUGAGGAGAAGGAUUUUCUUCCUUGGCAUGCUGCCAGCAGAGCUCUUUAUCCGCUAGAUAAAUUACUGGACCGCAUGGAGAAAUACAAUGUCUUCAAUGAAUACAUUUUAAAGCAAGUUGCAACAACAUAUAUCAAGCUUGGAUGGCCAAAAAACAAUUUUAAUGGAUCUCUUGUUCAAGCAUCCUACCAACAUGAAGAACUUCGAAGGGAAGUUAUAAUGUUGGCAUGCAGUUUUGGCAAUAAGCACUGUCACCAACAGGCCUCAACACUUAUUUCAGAUUGGAUUUCCAGCAACAGGAACAGAAUCCCGCUAAAUGUGAGAGACAUCGUUUACUGUACAGGAGUUUCACUACUAGAUGAGGAUGUCUGGGAAUUCAUCUGGAUGAAAUUCCACUCUACCACAGCCGUUUCUGAAAAGAAAAUAUUAUUGGAAGCCUUAACAUGCAGUGAUGACAGGAACUUAUUAAACAGACUUCUGAAUCUAUCGCUGAAUUCUGAAGUGGUGCUGGAUCAAGAUGCAAUUGAUGUGAUUAUACAUGUAGCUAGAAAUCCACAUGGCCGAGAUCUUGCCUGGAAGUUUUUCAGAGAAAAAUGGAAGAUACUAAAUACCAGGUAUGGAGAGGCAUUAUUUAUGAAUUCAAAACUUAUCAGUGGAGUAACAGAAUUUCUUAAUACUGAAGGAGAACUCAAAGAGCUCAAGAACUUCAUGAAGAACUAUGAUGGAGUGGCUGCAGCCUCUUUCUCGAGAGCCGUGGAGACUGUAGAAGCCAAUGUACGCUGGAAAAUGCUUUAUCAAGAUGAGCUUUUCCAAUGGUUAGAGAAAGCUCUGAGACAUUGAUAUGUUUCUCUAAUAAACUGUUCAUCACAGAGUUUUGUAAGAUCUGUUGUAUGUGGAACGAGGAGAUGUAUUAUGUGGGAAAUGACUGGAUUUGUUAACAUGUGGGAGGAAUUUGCUUUGUCCAGUGUUUGCUUUAGGGGGAUUUGUGUUGUUUCAUUCAUUCUGUUUUGUUUCUCUACUGGGUGUGCUUCUUUAAGGAAACUCUUGCAAGUUUAACUAGCCAUGAUUGCUUCCGUUGUACAUUCCUAGCUGUACAGGACCAAAUAUGAUUGUGGUGCAUGUCAAUGUUGCUGUCAGUUUGGAAACAAAUUCAGAAUAUUUUUGUGCAUGGUUGUAUGGUCCUGCCUGUGUUCCAGCAUGCUUACUUAAAAUGUCCAAUGUUAUAUGUGAAUAUAUAUGUUACAUUCAGAAUGGGCAUUAUGCAAAAGCACAAAGACUCUAUAUGACAAUCAGUGUUGUGAUGAAAGAAAAACUUUAAAAAAUGAUACUCUUAUUUCUGGGCAAUAUGAGAAGUAAAAAAUAGCCCUUUAAUUGAUCAGUCUCACUUAUUCCAGCACUUGGAUUGUCUUGCAAUGACUACUGUGUUGCUAACUCAUUUUCUUUGAGUUAAAGUUGUGUAUACAUUUAAGGACACAUAUACUGUAUGCAUAUGUAUAUGUACAUAAGGAAGCUCCAAUGUAUGUAGGACAUUAUAUGCUACAUAUGUGCAAAAAAUUUCUCCAAAUCAAAGAAAACCUAUUCUGUUUUAUAAACUUGCAAGCUUUGAAAAUGCUGAAAAGAGCUUAUUUUAACAUUAUUUUUCCUGGCAAUCUUCUUAAUCUCAAUAACUAAGAAAUUUUUUUCUACUUACUAAGCAAUGGUCAAUUCAAACACAGAACAGUGGAUUCAAACAAUUAUAUUGUAUAAGCAAAAUAUUCUUCAAAGUAAUUGGUAGCCUCACAUUCUCUAUCAUCAUCUUGGUCAAACUUCUUAUUGUGUAAGAAAUCAUGCAUAUUAAUAACUAUCAGUGCUUAGAAAAUAUUGAUUUUCCAUUUUGUUUGAUAUUCAUCUUGUCUUUCGUGAUUCAUGGUUAAAAUCUUCUCUCUGUGCAUCCAUCUUUGUGUCUAUGUAAUUCUCUAAUGCUCCAUCAAAUGACCAUACCUCAAGUGAGUCUAUUAGCAUUUAAGGACCUUUAAUCCAAUUUGUGCCAUCCAUUAAGAAGAAAGGUUACUUUUCUUGAACAAAGCUCUUCUCAUGGUAUUAGAAUAGCCCUUUUCUUGGAUCUAUUAUAUAAGUGUUUUCAAAAGGUAUUCUAACCCAGUAGGCUAGCUGAAAAUAUUUUAAGUUCACCAUUAAAUAUACUAUUGCAACUAGUACACAAAUUCAAUAUUUGUAAACUACAUUCUAUUUUCCUGAGGUUUUUCGACUCUAAAUCUUGCAAAUAAUUGAAGCAAAUAUAUUCUAACUCUUAAUAGCUACCGAACCCUUGGGGAGAACCAGCAUUUUAAAAGCAAGACUAAAGAUUUAUUAUAAGUUUGUAGUAUAAAGGAAAAAUUGAUAUCCUUUGACACACAUAACCAAAAUUUAAAUUUACCUUUCUAGAACUAAUAUCUACUACUAAUGCAUAUUUUUUUGUUCUUUAUUCAAUUAAAAUUCUCUACCUGGUAUUAAUAAGAUAUGGAUAUUAAUAGAUACCCAUAUGACACACAUCAUCAAAACUGGUUUACCUUUGUAGUACUAAUAUUUACUACUAACACCUAAACUUUUUAGUUCUUCUUUUUAAUUAAAAUUCUCUACCUGGUAUUAAUAAGACAUAUUGAUAUUUAGUGUAAAAUAUAAAAGUCACCCUAAUAAUCUGAAUUUUUAACGUUUAAUCACUAUAUUCCACACAGAUAAAAAUCCUUAAUGGAUAAGUUGUGAAGCAGUAAAACAAAAAACAAAAACACUGCCAUGCAGGUUCAAAGUAUAUACUGUAUCCUAUUGGAUCCAUGUAAUAGAGAAGAUUAAGAAACUAGAGUUGGAUAUCUUGUUUUAUGUAUUGUGAAUUAUUGAAAAUUCUUGGUUGUGGCAUUCUUCAUUGUUACCAUUCUAUAUUUGAGUUUGAAGGGCUUUUGUGGUUCUUUUUUCCUCUCCACUGUUAAUAAGCUUAAUCAUCAUUCAAUAUUUUAGUGGCCUUGAUGAACUGGUUUAGCUACAAUGUUACAUCAUAAGUGUGUAAUUAUAUGCAAUGUUUAAUACCUCACAUAAUACCCGUUAAGUAGUAUAGUGGUAUCAAUGAUAUUGAGGUGAAAUUUUUGUUCUACAUACUUUUCAAUAAUUUAUCUUUUCCAAUGUUGAAGAUAUAUCAGGCUUUGAUUUUUUUGUUUAAAUAAGUAAUAUUUUCAAAAUAAUAAAAUAACCAAUAUCUCUUGAAAUAUUCUGUAAAAUGUAGUUAUAAAAUUCUAUUUUCUGCAGAGUUUUUAUCUUUUACUCUUUUGUCUGUUUUACAAAGCAUAUAUAUGCAUGAAAUAACUAAUUGUUGAAAGUGUCUAACAUCUAGGCUUUAAAACUCACUCUGCUAACAUAUGUACAUUAGCAAAACUUGGUUUCAAAUACAAAGGAAUAAGUUCUUUACACACUGAGAACUGUCUCUCGGUAAUUUUAAAUAAAGUUUUUCCUUAUUUUUACAUAUUUCCUUUAAAAUUUUCUUAUACCUUUGAAGUUUUUUUUUAUAUACAAAGUCAACCUCUAAGUUCUAAAAUUUUACUAUAUCUAAAAUGGUAGGUUUAUUCUUAAGUUUUAAUAAGAUACAUUUUAGCUGGAACUUAAACUCAUUUGAUUUAUAGUAUUUCUAAUAUAAUUGUAGCACAUAUUUUUGUGUUAGUAAACUUUAUAAAUAUUUUAACGAUAAUGUAUUAGUUUAUUAAGAUUAUACCAUAUACUUAUAAAUUGAAUUUAAUUUUCAAAUGAUUUUCACAUAUUUUGUUAUAUUUGACUUCAAAAAAUCAAAUCACCUGAGAAAAAUUGAGAUUUCAAAUAGCAUCAUAAAAUAAAUAAAAUCACAUAGUUGUUAUUUUGGGAACAAAUAUGAUAAACUUAAAUUUUUGGUAUAGUAUUCCUACAACUAAAAUAUGGCAACAUGUAAAAUACAUGUAUCCAUUGGAUUAGAAAUUUUUUAAAUACCCAAAGCAGCAUCAAAAUGCAACAUUAUAUAUUAUAGGUAUUAUAGUUAUUAUAGGUAUAUAUUAUGUUAUAUACCUAUAAUAACUGUGUUAUUUCUUAAAGUUUAAUAUUCUAAUUUGCAUGAUAGAUAAAAAUAUUAUCUACUUCAUUCGUUAUAGGUACCUAAUUGUUAGAACAAAGAAAUAUAGUUCACUGAUAAUCAAUUAAGAACAACUUCUGAUGUACAUUGUUAGAUAUAACUUUAUAAUGCCAAUUGUAUGCUUAAUCUUCAACACAAUUUUUUUGAUAAAUUUUAUCUAUACUAAUAGUCUAGUGAUACCAUCAUUAAAACAAUAUUCAAGUGUUUAUAAAUCUGUGCAGACUAAACUGUGAAAAAAGUUUCUAUUCGACUAUCGCACAGAAUUAUAUAAAGGAAAUUUGAAAAGCUUUAAAAAUAACAUUUUAUUAAAAUAGAUAUUAAUACAUUUUUGAGAAGUUGUUUGCUAGAUCUUAAAACCUAAAAUAUCUCAUUUUCUCUCCUCGGUAUUCUUUUGAGGUAACCACAAGUACUUAUUGAAAAAAUCAGUUACAUGGCAAACUAAGAUGCCCAACCGGGUUUAUCCCUUUAUCAUAAAUUAUUGUUAUUAUCAUUUAGUACUGCCAUUUAUGUAUUGAAAUAAUUCAAAUUAAUUAUAUAUUUAUUAAAUACUUUUCACCAUAAAGUAAUUUGUAGGGGGAAAUGAAAAACAAAUAAAACUUGAAAGUAUUCAUGUCACAAUAAAGGAAACAAACUUUAAAAAAGUAAAAUAUAGGCAUUAUAAAAAUAAUUAUGGCUAUACAAGUACUAUAUUAACUAUUAUUAAGCAAUUACUUUUAUAAUUCAAGUCUAAAACCUAGAAUUUUUGUGGCAUUUAGAGAUAAUUCUCAAUUUUUGUUUUAUAGACUCAAUUGUGUUUUGCAAAAUAUGUAAUAUUUAAAAAAUGUACAACUAUAUAGUUUAAACUUACAUUAAAUAUUGGCUUAGAAUUUAAUUUUUUAAAUAUGUUUGAGCAAUUUAAUAUAAUAAGUAAUAGGGAGAGUGUUUAAAUCAAUUAAAAAUAAAUUUUCUAAAAUUGUUUUCACAUGCUUUAUAUGUUCACAGUGUGUUAAUUUAAAAAUAACCUUAUAUUCUUUAAAGCAGGGUCAACAAUACUUAGCCUAGGCAAUAAUAUGUUAGAAUUAGUAUGGGUAGUCUUUUGAGUUCAAAAUGUACACACUGUCUUGUAUAAUAUACUAGACCCUAUGUUUUAAGUAUAUGAGUAAAUUUUGUUUUUAAUUUAUAAUAAAAUGAAUAUUUAAACAAUUAAAAAUUAAUUUGUAUUUGGGAAAUAUCUAACAAACAUGAACUUCAGUCACUUGUUUUUCCAAUUUUGUUGUCACCAAUUUUACUUCAAGGUCUAAAAUUGGAAAUUUUAAAAGUAUUUGAUCAAAAUGUUGAUUUUGAUUUAGUACAAGAAAUGAGUAAUUGGUAAAAAUAAAUGUUCUCAAUUUUAA